AAAGAAGACAGCAGAUGCAGAUUAAGAAAAAUAGCAAAUCCCUAAAGUUCAAACACACUCUCUCUAAAAAAAAUCUCUCUCUCUCUCAGGAAGAAGAAGAAGAUGGGGUUACAAGGUCAACUCUCUGACGUUUCAUCAGAUUCAAUCCCUCUCAUGCUCGUCGCUCUCCUCGCUACUCUGUUCAAACACGUCCGCUCUUUCUUCCUCCGCUUCUCCUCCUCCUCCUCCGUCGUCGAAGAUGCUUCUUCUCUCUCCAUUUCCUCAGGGUUUGCUAACAUCGCCGUACUCGCCGACCAGCUCAAACUCAACCGUCUCUUCUCAUACCCCUACGACCAUAACGCCGCCGCCGCAUCAUCAGAUUGCAUCGUCUGCUUGUCUACACUCAAGACCGGAGAAGAAGUGAGGAAGCUGGGAUGCAGACACGUGUUCCACAAGCAGUGUUUGGAAGGUUGGCUUCAGCAUCUAAAUUUCAAUUGUCCGCUUUGUAGAUCUCCGUUGCUUGGUCGUGGAGGCGGAUGUGAAUCGAUCACUUCUUCUUUCUCUCUUCUCUCAGAAGCUCAGUGAGUUCUUCAUUGUCUGAUGAACAAAAAAAAAAGAAAAGGGAAAGAGAGAAGAAGAGUUUGGGCGUUUUUUUGAUCUCGCUGGCUUUCUCCUCUUUCUUUUGUUUUUUUUUUCUUUAGGGAUUUGGGUGAUAUUAUUAUUUUUUUUCUUCAAAAGGGGAUUCUUCGAAAUCUCUUCUAUAUAUUUUUUUUUUUUGAGGAAUGUCUCUCAGAUCAGAUCGGAGAGGUUCUUUUGUUAUUCAAAUUUUCGCACAUGUAAAUUUUCUAGUAUGAAAAG